UUUCCCGCGGUACAACCGUACAUUCCGUGUCACCGUGUCGUGUGUGAACCUCGCCGAUGGAAGCUCGAAUGGCAGCUCGAGUCUGAUCGAGGAGGCAGAUCUUGGCAAUCGAUCGUCAUCGACGUCGGGGAUCGUAACGGGGAGAGGGAUCAAGAGAGGAGCUAGGAAGGGAGUGGAGAGGAAAAUAGGCGAAAAGGAACGACGACCAUGAGGCGGCAGCCACGACCAGUGGACUGAGAAAGUUAGAAGCCGAACCCGCCUAUUCUUCUCUCCGAUUAUCUUACAAGGCCAGAGCUGUGUGGUUCAGGGAAAGAAGCGGGUUCGAUCGAGGCGCGGUGGUUCGCGAGAUCGCGCGACAAAUGUGCACGGGGGUGGACAGUGUGACAUAGUGCGGCGAAGUAGGCGAAGACGAAGAGCGACGGGGAGGGAGGAAAAGGCCCUGUGUGAGCGAGGAACGCGGGAAGAGGAGGAGGUGGGACAGGAUGCGGGGGCACAGGAAGAGGGCGCAGAGCCCCGACGAUUUCUCUUCUUCUUCAUAGGGGAUCGUUUCGCCUCAUCGACGUCCAACGUGACGACGGUCAGCGAGCACGCCGAGGACGACGACGACGACGAAGACGACGACGUCAACUAGGUGCAUCCCUGAAACGAGCACUGCCGUUUGUUCUCCGAGAUGGCGGAGGAAAAGGAGAAGCAGACGUUCCUGCAGAAGCUGCUGUUCUACACGACCGCGUUCUUCAUCCUCCUCAGCACCUUCAGCCUCUUUGCCUUCCUCUUCUUGGUCCCCUUCGUCAUCGACCCCGCCUUCACCACCAUCUUCAUGCAGUUCGACACUCGGCCAGCCGAGUGUAUCACUACCUACGUUGAGUCAAGGAGAGGUACGAGCAACUGCUCAUGGACAUCCUGUAGAGAGGGUUGCACCAAGGAGCUGUACGAUUGCACGCAAAUACGCGUCAACUACAAGCUACCGACUAAUACGUCCGAGGAUAGCGAUGGACAGGGUGAGGGAGGCGGAGCGGUAGGAGGUGUCGAGGAUGACGAAGACAGCACGACGAUGGGAAAACCGCGUUAUGACCGCUCCCUAAGGGAGUACGAUUACGUCGAGGACCUUGACGAGGAUUUCGCCGAGGACGACGAAGCAGGACUGCCGAAACCCUUUCCUACAGGGCUCAUGGGCAACGACUCCGAGUGGUACUUCAUCGGGGCCAAGCUGUUCCCCAACGUAAAAGGCUGUGGAUACCCUCCAAUGCUGAAUUGCAGUAUUUUCUACCGGCAGUACGCCAUCAUAGGGCAGAACUUUAGCUGUUACUACUCGAAAGUGGACCCCGGGAUAGUCAUCAGCGACCUCGACAUGUGGCAGGUGUACAUGAAUCUGGUGUACGCGAUGGCGAUUCCGAUACCGUCUUUCAUAAUCUCGGUGAUAUAUCUCACCAUCGCCUACUUCAAGAUCUACAACGAAGACGAGGUGGUCCUCGUGGGCGGGGAGGAGGGCGAGGAGGGCGGGGAGGGCGAAGGGAGUAACGCGACACCCCUGCCACUGACGAGCGGCGCCCUUACGCCCGGCAGCGAGGCUUUCAGGGAAGACCUAGCGAGCUUUGGGCAUCAGCUGAAGGUCGCCAUGGCCGACGACAUCAGCAGGGAAAGCCUGGAUGGGAUACCAAACUCGUACUCCAUUCAGGGAAACUUGAGCAAGACGAUGACGACCAGUAUCUCGACUCCCCCUGGGCCGACGGCGGCAGUCUGAAGCGUCACUUUCAAGGUUUGAACAACAUCUCCUGGAAACCGCAUUAAGCGGUGCCCCAAGAACGGGAUCUAGAAAAGAAGAAGAAGAAGAAAGAGAGAGAGAGAGAGAGAGAGAAAGAGACGAAAAGAAAAAUAAUUUUUCUUCAACAUAGCUUAUUCAAGUCAUCGACCGCGAAUACAGCCAAUAUUCUCUCACCGACUACCAAAAAUGGAGAACGAGAAUUAAAAGAAUUAAAAAAAAAAAAAAAAAAGAAAAAAAGAAGAAAAAGAAGAAGAAAUCGCAAUGGCAAACGUAGCUUCAGAUAUUUCCACGGAUACCACGGAGUGAAUCAGUGGUGCACGAUGCUCAAAUGUAAGAGUUUCGAAAGGAACGGGCGUCGAUUUGCGUCCAAUUAAAAAAAAAAUAUAUAUAUAUUAUAAAAAAGAAUUUUAAAAAAGAAAGAAAAAUAGGAAUAAAAAAAAUUCAUCGGCGUUCUCUCCUCAAAAGCGUAAAAAUUUACGGAUUUAACCCAUUUUGAUUCGGAUGAUUCAGGAUGAUUCGUUUCACGAAAUAAUAAAGAGAGAGCGAAAGAGAGAGAGAGAGAGAGAGCGAGCGAGAGAGAGAGAGAGAGAGAAAGAAUGUUUUAAUAUUAUAAUAUAUGCCACAACGCUAUCGCAUAAUACUGUCCCACACCGUGUACGCGCUAAUUAUUAUCCAAUAGAGAUAUAUAACGAUAUUUUGUGACAGACUUUUUUCUACUCGACAACCGCCCGUAGCCGCAAGAAACGGCGACCACCCCGGGCCCCGCUGAUCGAUUAAUCCGUCAGUGGCUCGUGUUUUUAGUACGGUUCCCGAUCGUGGCCGGAAACCGAGGUCGAACGAUCGCUUGGCGAGGAUCCAGCGAGGAAACAUUACAUUUUGGAUUCGUUGCCGAUACUCCGCCGCCUCUCUUGGGUCUCGUCGUAUCGUAAAGGGCACUUCCACCAACCAUCAGAGAGAAAAAUUCCCUGCAAAGAUGAAUUCCCCGAGCCGUUACCUAUCGAGGGAUCGAUGGAAGAAAUUAAAGCCAUCGAAACAGAAAUAACGAGAAUUGGACAAACGUUGUAAAAUCGUGCUUCUACACAUUCGAAAAAAUAACCUUAACCCUCUACGAACGAAGGAAACGAAAGAUGUUUGCAGUUAAAUUUUGUCUUAUUAAUAGAAGUAUCUUUCAUCCUUUUGGAAGCACCCUCUACGGUGUCUCGAUACCCACGAUAACAGGCGAAUUUUCCUUCCGUGCGGUUUGUAUAAUUAUCCUCGUUGAAGAAGCCUGAAGUGGAAUACAAGAUGGAACGAGAGAGUCGUUUUCCUAAGGGUUGAACGUUGAACCCGGUCGAUUCGAACCCGCCAAGAGAAGCGAUAUGUAUGUAAUGGCCAUACACACGCGAUCCGCUCCUCCCGUGAUAGAAAUCGAGCGAAAGCAAUUCCUGCCCAUUUUUUCCGAUAGCACGUGCCCGGAAUCAAACACACUGAAUCCUUUUUGCACAAUUCUGGCUGACUGGUUGGGUUAUUUAUUAUAGAAAAUAAAAAUAAAAAAAAUAAAUAUAUAUAUAUAUAUAUAUUACUGACGAUUGAUCAAGGGUGAAGAUGGAAGAGGAUAGGCGAGGGUGAGGACGCUGAAGAGGAGAGAAACCGAAAAAUGCGCGAGAAAAUUGGUGGUUAAACUCAAGUGGACUAAAGGUUAAAACGAGUAAAUUAAUGAAAAUUAAAGAGUACCCGUUAUCAAGUUAACAAGUAUUACUAAGUUAAUCUGCUUGCUGUGUGAUCAUGACGCGCAUCCGAGAUACGCCACUCCACGUGCAUCGUAGACGAAUCGAGAACCACACACUGUAUCGAUACACCUGUCUCUCUCUGUCACGUACACACAGACAUUAUUAAAUACAUACAUACACAGGUUACGUGUACACGUCCGUCUCACUGUGGGAAUACACGCUUCUUUUUCGAGAAUAUCCGACGUGAAUCCGAAAUUAUCUGCUUCGAGGGUGCGUUGCCACCCCAAUUUUCUUACAUCGAUAUUCAGUAGAUAAUCUGCAUUUCUUUUGAGAAGAAGGCGUAUGGUACCUCGAACCGAAAUGGCGAAAAGAAAACCGUUGAAAAUUUGAGUGAUUGAUAGGAGCUGAACGUGUCGAUUCGUGCUACUGAUUUGUCGGACUAUUAUCAGUUUGUACUACUGAACUCUUACUCUUGCUUCUUAGAGCGAUUGGAUUUUUUGAUCGAUGGAUGAUUGUACAACGUGGAUAUAUAUUUUUUACAUUAUAAAAUAUUGAAUGUAUAUAUUUAAAAGGAAGAAAUUUAAAAGAAAGGAUGAAGAAUUCUAUUAAUUAAUAAUUAUUGCAUAAAAUUCUUUGAUUUAUUUGUAGAAUUUACAAUUCUUUUCUAUAUAUGUCUGGAUUGGAAAUUCUACAACGGGUUUAUUGUUAACUUCUUAGAAAAUCGCUUGAGAAAACUAUAUAACGAUUGAAUCAAAAUAUUUUCCUUUAAAUAAGUACAACCAAAUCGAUGUUCAAAUCGAUGAAUAGCACAAUCACAGUGAGGAGAUAUCGAGUAAUAUCCUAUCAAACCCAAUAUUAAUAGUUCGAUACGGAACACGAAUCACUCCUAUCUGAGAUAUUGCGUAUUAUCACGAAUAUAUCUUUGUGCCACGGAAAGAUGCAAUUUUUUUUUCUUUUUUUUUUUUUUUAGGGGUGGAUCGGGUCACGUUUGUCGAUAGGAAGGAACGAAAAGAUUUGUUCCCGCUGGUUAUUACCUCUGUUAAAAUAAAAAACGACAAAUAGCACAGGCAGACGCUGCACGCAACAUUUUUUAAAAUAUAGAAUAUUUUGCUGGCUAGCUCGCGGCGAGCUCAAACGAAAAUUCAUCCCUGUGAUUACGCAAAGGAACACAGGGUGUUACUUGCGCAGAUGGUGAAACAAGUAACAGUAGUUUUUUCGCGGCCUCGUUGCUGCGCGUGAAUCGAUACGAGUGGCGCAGGACAGGCGAACCUUCACCCCUGAAAUCGAUGGCAAAAAUUGAUGCUAAAAUAAUUUUUCACACAUCCCUUGAAUCUCGGCAUCUUGAAGUAGUAAUUGUUCUUGUAGUAAUUUUUCGAUUAGUUCUAUUCGUUCCUUUGUGAAUUGUCGUGAAUUUCUUAAUGUAACGAUAUCGUGGAAUAAUUUUUUUUUAAGGAUUUUUCGAUAUUUAUAGAGGGUUAAUAAGUAUCAAGUAUUAUUUUGUAAUCGUAACAUUUAUUUUAUUGUUAGUCUUAGUACGUAUCUAUAGAGUAUUCCUAGAUUUAUAAGUAAGAAUAUACGCCUGUUGAAAGUUGAAUUGUUUAUUCGGUUAAAUUAAUUUUCUUACGAGAAAAUGUAACUUAUUGGAUUCCGUGUUAUUUUCAAGUUAUUAUCUAAUCGUGUCGCAUUAUUGUUAAGCAGAACAUCGACCAAACAAUCGUAUUCCCCUAUAUUGAAAUUGAUUUUCCACACCUUGAAAACUCGAAAUACAAUCGCUGAUUUGGAUGAUUUCGAUCGAUUUACAAUUGGACAAAAAAAAAAAAGAAAGAAAGAAACAAAGAAAGAAAGAAAAAAAUAGCGAAGCAUAGUGAAAAAUAUAUAUAAGAACAUUCUUUCUCGCCAAAGAGGAUGAGAGACGAUUAUUAAUGGUGCUUGAUCCGAAAAAUAUUUAAAAUAUCUGUAAUUAGGAAUAAAUAAUUUUCAACGUGUUCCACAUAACCAUCGAAAUAUCUCUGAGAUGAUGAUCUCACGUGUGAUUCUCAUUCGACGCGACGUCAUUUUUGCAAAAUUUGUUUAACACGUGAACAUAUGUACACAUAUGUACGAAAAUUUGUUACACCCUAUCACGCCCAACUAACAUCUAUACACACGUGUACACACACAUACAUACAUACAUACAUACUCACAGAAUAUACACGAAUAUAUACACUAAUAAUCUAUGGAAAGAAAUAAUAAUUGAAUUGUUUUUAUGGAUUAAGAACAAGUUGUCUGUGAUCUACAAUAAUUAAAAGAAUAUUUAAUAAGUAUUAACAUGAUAAAUGUAUAAUUGACAUGUCGAUAAUGUCGAACGAAUCGGUUUUAGGAAAUUAAUAAAUAAUAUUAGAGAAACAAAUUGAGAAGAUGGAGGGAAAGAGUGGAGGAAAUGAAAAAAAAAGAAAAGAAAAAAAUCGGAUAAUAUUGGGGGGGUUGAUCUCUCGCGUUAAUGGAUAGAGCAAUACGAAUAGAAGAGGAUGGGGAGAGAAAUCGAUAACGAAAAACGAUUAUCGCAUUAACGACGUCAUCACAAAGAAAUUCUAGAGAAGAGGUAUAUUAUAUAAAUACAUAUAUAUAUAUAAACAUUAAAUAAAUAAAGAAAGAAAAAUAGAGAUUUAAAAAAAUGGAGCACGCCAUGUCUAAAUAAUAUGUAAUCGCUGCUGUUAAUCAGUAAUAAUUCGCGAUAUAUAAAGAGAAGAGGAGGGGAAAACCAAUUUGUGCGUGCUGCGUUCGAAGUACCGAUUAAAAAAUACUAACACAAAAAAUUAUAUAAAUAAAUAUAAUAAAAAAAAUAAAUAAAUAAAUAAAUAAAUAUAUAUAUGGCACUUGACCGUCGCGGCUAAAAAAGAAAAAAAAAGUACAUAGGAUAGAUAGAUUUAUAGAAGCGCAAAAAGAAAAAAAAAAAAACACCAAAAAUCGUUCCUUCCACCCGCUCCGGCCGUGUAUUUGAUUAUCGAUUUUAAAAUAUAUCGCAUCUCAUAUAAAAAAAAGUCAAAGAAAAGCUCUGCGAACUUGUAAGCGCACCUCAGAAUGCAAUUAGUAUGCCGUUUUAAUUAAAAAAAAAAAAAAGAGAGAGAGAGAAAGAGAAAAAAGAGAUACGGAGAGAUAUAUAAUCGAACGGAAGCAAGUUGAAGAGAAAAAAGAAGAAAGGGGAUAUAGGAGAUUUAAAAGAAUGAAUAUAAAAGAUUGAUAUAUAAAAAUGCCACAAUCACCGAGUAAUAAGUUGUUCAACGAGCGUUGCGAAAAUGUUCGAGAUAAUUUUUGUACAGUUUUGGCACACAUGAGAACGUGCAACAUCGUCGUCUUUAUAUUUAUGUACAACAUUCAAUUAUUAUAAAUUUUCGAUAUUAUUACAAAAACUAUGAUCGAUUUCGUGUGAAAGUGUAUAUGGCUUUUUCUGCGGUUAACAAUAAAAUGUUGUCAAAGCUUU